AAGGAGGUGUGGUGCAAUAAGAUAUUGAUCACUGACGCGCAAGGACUGUCUCAGAAAAUCCCGGUGAAUCCCGAGCGCGAUUUUUUUCCCCUUCGUAUUCAUGGACAGAUAAGUGGAUCUAUUGUUUUUCUUUUGAGGAAGGACAAUGCAGCUGGAGAUGAACUAGUUGAAGCUUCAGGUACAACACCGUCUUCAACAAUACUUCUGCCCACUUCUCUGGCUCACCAGCGCUUUAAGUCUGCUUACACCCCAAGCAUUCUCCAUGAAAAAAUGAUUACCAACUUACUCGUCUUUCUCUUACUUCUGGCUGUGCAAUUUGCUCGUUCCGACCGACGCCAAUAUCAUGAUGACUAUGAGGAUGUCACUGUCAAUCAGAUGCUUGCUCCGAAAGACCAUCAAGCCGACGCCACACAUAUAUUAAAUAACUUACUGCAGGAGUACGACAGGACACUUCGCCCAGACAUAGGGGUGAAACCGACAGUCAUAGAUGUGGACAUAUAUGUCAAUAGCAUCGGCCCUGUGUCAUCGAUAGACAUGGAGUACCAGAUCGACAUCAUAUUUUCUCAGUCGUGGAUCGACACUCGUCUUCGGUACAACAGCAGCACAAAGAUCCUGACCCUCAACAGUAACAUGGUGGGGCUCAUCUGGGUCCCCGACACCAUCUUCAGGAACGCCAAGAACGCUGACUCUCAUUGGAUCACGACACCCAAUCAGCUGCUGCGAAUAUGGAACGAUGGGAAGAUUCUCUACACGCUGAGGUUGACUAUCAACGCAGAGUGCCAGCUGCAGCUUCAUAACUUCCCCAUGGAUGAGCAUUCCUGCCCUCUCGUCUUUUCAAGCUAUGGUUAUCCCAGAGAUGAAAUGAUUUACAAGUGGAGAAAGAACUCGGUGUCAACCUCGGACCAGAAAUCCUGGAGACUUUACCAAUUUGAUUUCAUGGGAUUGAGGAACAGCACCAGCUUACUUAAAACAACAGCAGGUGACUACGUGGUGAUGACCGUGUACUUUGACCUGAGCAGACGCAUGGGCUACUUCACCAUCCAGACCUACAUCCCCUGCAUCCUGACCGUGGUCCUCUCCUGGGUGUCCUUCUGGAUCAAGAGUGACGCCACGCCUGCCAGGACGGCACUAGGUAUCACCAGCGUGUUGACCAUGACCACGCUGAGCACCGUGGCCAGGACCUCGCUCCCCCGCGUCUCCUACGUCACCGCCAUGGACCUGUUUGUCACCGUCUGCUUCCUGUUCGUGUUUGCCGCCAUGAUCGAGUACGCCACGCUCAACUACUACUCCUACAGCGUACGCAAGCCCGCCUCCGCCAAGCCUCAGACACUGGCCUACUCGGUCCUGGAUGUGGGUCUGUCUCCAACCUCCGUGAUGACUCUCAACAACUCCCUGUACUGGCAGCAGUUUGAGGACGCCUGCGUGUACGACUGCCUGGACGGCAAGGACUGCCAGAGCUUCUUCUGCUGCUACGAGGAGUGCCGGGGCGGGGGCUGGAGGAGGGGGAGGAUCCACGUAGACAUCCAGGAGCUGGAUGCCUACUCCAGGGUGUUCUUCCCCACCUCCUUCCUGCUCUUCAACAUUGUGUACUGGGUCAGCUACCUCUACCUUUAGCGCCGGCGCUCCUGUAGGAUAAACGGGACGAGACUCCCGUGUACGACGGAGGCCAUCGUUAAGACGUGACGGGAGAUUGGGGACAGAUGUCCCGCCAGUGCUGUUGGUUGCUUGACAACAGCCGACUAAUGAACAGCUGCACUGGACGGCCGUGAUGCUGGCUAGCUGGGAGACUGCAUGUGAGUGUCCACAGUGCCUUCUACUGGAAGGGGACAACACCUAUUCAGAGGUGACAAACAACCAGGACUAGCAUUUCGGAUAGGUUUAUUACCCCCUGUUUAGCCCUCCCUUCCCUCCCAUCCAUCUCAAAGCAUGCUCCAUUUUAUGAACAUCCAGGAUAGACUGCACUAUUGAACAAUUCAGACACUGCUCUAUAUUAGGCAUUAGGUCUGCACAAGGUUUCAUUUAGUCACUCAAUUAACCUAUCAAACCUGUGUUUGCCAUUUGUAUACAGUAGCUAUCAAGAGUGACAUGUUCAAUAGGUACAAACUGUAUUUGGUAAGUCAGUCAAUGGACAUUUAUAAUCUUAAUAUAAAGAUUCAAAUGGUAAUACUAUUUUCAAACUGGUAUCAAUAGUUAUUGUUUGUGUGGUAUUUUUUAACCAUUUAUACAUCAUGAAGGAAAACUCCUUCAGUACUGUAAACAAGACAAACAGGUUAUUGCGUAAGGCAGGGGUGUAGGUUACUUUUCAAAUGUGGAUGGGACAGAUUUCUUUUUAAACUGAGGAUGCUGCUGUUAAAUAUAAUUUUCGUUAUGAAAGGGAAGGACAGAUUUGAAGAUUUCAAAAUGAAAACCUAUCCCCCUGGCGUGAGGAAAUCAUACUUUUUACUCCACUGAGUGAAAAUAUGUGAACGUCGAUGUAAAAUGGACGUCACAUGAGAAACAUCAGAUCUUCUGUAUUAUAGUUUUGUGUUAUUGGAAGUUUUGAAGGAAAUCUGUUGUUUUUAUGCUUUUAACUGUGAGUAAAAUGAGUGUUUCUGCAGUCAUUUGGCUUAGAGCCUGAGUGCCCAGUAUUGUAUGUUCAGAGAAAGUGCUUGUGGGAUUCACCCUACAUAUAUAUUUUCAUAAAGCUAUUAGGUGAAUGUAUCCUGUAUGUUAGACCAACAGAAUAAAACAUAUUUUCACCUCUGUAUACCAAUAGUAAUAUUGCACUUUAUAAGUGUCAUAGUCUGAUAUAUUUACAAUAAAUCAAACACUAUUUUGUAUGUUUUCCAAAACUCAUCAUUUUGCUACAGCGGAUAUUAGACAAUAUUUGUGUAGUAUACUUUGACUUUUUUAUUUUAUUAUUAUUUACAUGAAUAAAAACAGUCUUUGGUCAUUUCAUUUGGUGGAUAC